AUGCUGCGAGGGCCCCGGGCCCUGGCUCCAGCCGGGCCGCCCCCAAAGGGGCUGCCUGCGAUGAGCCCUACUGAACUGUGGCCUCCCGACCUCGGCAGCCCUCAGCUUUGCCCGGCCACCACCACCUACUACACCUCGCUUUACCCGCAGACGGUGCCCCCGGCUGCGGCGGCCGCGGCGCCGGGUACCUGCCUCGACGCUACCCCCCACGGACCAGAGGGCCAAGCUGUGCGAUCCGUGCCCGCAGGCCGCCUGCCGGCCAAGAGGAAGCUGGACUUGGAAGGGAUUGGGCGAUCCACAGUCUCUGAAUUCCGGACUCCCAAGGGGAAGUGCAUUCGAGUGGAUGGCCUCCCCAGCCCCAAAACCCCUAAGUCCCCCGGGGAGAAGACCCGGUACGACACGUCACUGGGGCUGCUCACCAAGAAGUUCAUCUACCUCCUGAGUGAGUCUGAGGAUGGGGUCCUGGACCUGAACUGGGCCGCAGAGGUGCUGGAUGUGCAGAAGCGGCGUAUCUAUGACAUCACCAACGUGCUGGAGGGCAUCCAGCUCAUCCGCAAGAAGGCCAAGAACAACAUCCAGUGGGUAGGCAGGGGAGUGCUGGAAGACCCCACCCGGCCUGGGAAGCAACAGCAGCUGGGGAAGGAGCUGAAGGAGCUGAUGAGCAUGGAGCAGGCCUUGGACCAGCUCAUCCAGAGCUGCUCUCUGACCUUUAAGCACCUGACUGAGGACAAGACCAACAAGAGACUGGCCUAUGUGACUUACCAGGACCUCCGGGCUGUUGACAACUUUAAGGAGCAGACGGUGAUUGCCGUCAAGGCCCCUCCGCAGACGAGGCUGGAGGUGCCCGACAGGAGCGAGGAGAAUCUGCAGAUAUAUCUGAAGAGCUCCCAAGGGCCUAUCGAAGUCUACCUGUGCCCAGAGGAGGUGCAGGAGCCGGACAGCCCUGCCAAGGAGCCGCUCCCCUCCACCAUCUCCCUUGACUCUAGCCCUGCCUCUGCCCAGCCCAGCAGUGGUACCAGCCCUGGGAUCAUGGAACCCGAAGCAUCCUCAGUGCCAGCGAUGCCUCCCCAGCAGGUUCUGCAGCCACCCCUUGUCCCCCUGGAGGCCACUGACAGCAUGUUGGAGCUGCCACACCCACUCCUGCAGCAGACCGAGGACCAGUUCCUGUCCCCGACACUGGCAUGCAGCUCCCCACUGAUCAGCUUCUCCCCACCCUUGGAUCAAGAUGACUACCUGUGGGGCCUGGAUGGGGGCGAGGGCAUCAGUGACCUCUUUGACUCCUAUGAUCUCGGGGACCUAUUGAUUAAUUGA